AUGGGGUUAGAUGUAAGACUUGAAGUCAGCAUGUCUUUGAAAUGUGGGCAUCUCUUCACACUCAUUUUCUUCAUUGUGUCCGUCACAGGAAGUCAAGACCAAAGCAGGCUAAACCCAUCAGAGACCCUUCACACUAUCAGCUUAACAAACCUGCCAAACCCACCGAAGCAGAACUCGGCGAUCAGGACUAUAUUUGAAAUGGAAAAGCAUCGCAUCAAGAGGUCAGAGUUCUUUCACUCAGAGGUGAAAGUGUGUCCACAGGAAACAAUGAGGGAAGUCAUUGCAAGUCACCAAACAUACUACACACUGAGAGUUUGCCAGGAGGCUGUAUGGGAGGCUUUCCGGAUCUUUCUGGACAGAAUUCCCAGCAGCUCAGAGUACCAGAAAUGGGUUCACAAAUGCCAGCAUGAAUCUAUGUGCAUCUCAGAUCUUGCCAUGGAUUUCAGCAAUUCACAGGAACACAUAGACAUGGUCUACAGGAGGGUGAAUAUGAAUAGUGACAAAUUACAAAGAAAUGCAACUGAAAAUCCAACAACUGACGGGGCACUAAGAACGGAAGGGUCAGAAGUCCUGACUGAAGCAGCAGUAGAAGAAUUUGUUCCCCCAGAUCUAUAUAGUACUAUCAGUACUACGACAGACACCUCUACUGUCUCACAGGAAUUGGAUGUUCACAAUGUAGUUCCUGAGCAGCCAUUAAAUCAGGUCAUAGAGUUCAGCGUUGUACUGAUGGACUAUGGGUAUCGGGAGAUACUGAGAGACACCGAUUCACCUCAAUAUCACGAUCUGUCAAGGCAUCUCCAGGAUCAGAUGCAACACGCUUUUAAUGACCUACCUGGAUUUUUGGAUGUCCAAGUGUUAAGUAUUAGUGAGACAGAAGUACCUAAAGGAGCUGGAGGACUAUCUGCAGUUUACUCAGCUGUAUUUGACACUACCAUACCCUCCACUUCUGAUGGAAAUCUAGACAUUGGCACGGUUGUUUCAUCUACAGGACCAAGUCUGAAGGAUAUGAUAGUUAAAGCACUGAGCAAAAAGGCAUCUCUUCUUGAUCUUAAUUCGCUAACCUUUGAGAUAGGCAAAGACCAGUCUUCAACGAGAAUGCCUGUCACUGAGGUUUCUGAAGACAUUAAAACUGAGCCCUUUGAUCAAGAUUCAUAUGAUGACCUCAGUUUUUCAACAAAAGGACCAAAGAUUGAAGUUCAUAUUUCAUCAGAUGAUGAUGAGACCAUUUUAAACCCAACUUUGGAGACAGACAUCACCACGACAACAACAAAAUCAGAAUCAGAAACAUUUGACAGUGAUGCAGUCAUUAUACACCAGAUUAAAACCAUUAAAGGGGAAACUGGUGAACUCAUAACAGACAUUUUUCAAGUUCCACCAGUAAAGGAAGCUCCUAGUGAGGAUGACAGAAAAUCAGUUGUUACUACUGAAAAAGACAACAAUUUGGCCCCAACAUCUUCAGCUGCUGCCUCUGCAUUACUCCCAAGUGAAGAACAGCUUAGGACUACAGAGAAACCUACACCAGAUAGUGACUUUAGUCUAAACACGAUACCAGAAGAUGACAUCAUAUUUCACCCGGUAACCACGGCCCACAUUUUGUUCACCACUGCAACAACUGUUAGUCCUAGGUCUGAACAACCAAUGUUGGCUGUCACAACAGACUUUAGUAUCACCCUGCAACCUGUGACUGAACCAAUUGAUCCAAUAACUAUAGUGACAGAUUCUAAUGAAAUUCCAGAGAUCCCUGAACCAGUGGACACUGGAACAGUAAUAAGAGAAGAAGAAACCAAAGUGGUGAUGCCUGAACCUGAAGUAGAGACCAAGUCCGAGGUUGAGUUACCCAAAGUAAAGGUUGUGACAACAGAAACUGUAGAACUAUCUGGACCUGAGAAAGAUACAGAUGCAACUGAAGAUACUGUUAGUGUAGAAGAUCAAGUAUUACAACCUGUAGAAGUGACUGUAGUAACAGAAAUGUAUGCUGAGUAUGGCACAUUAGAGCCUGUGGGAAUAGUUGUGCUACCCGAACCAGAGGAUGAGAUUGGAAAAUCAACUAAACAUGAUGAAGUAGCAGAACCUGAAGAAAAGGUUUUAAUGCCAGAAACAGAGGUCGUUAGAGAAUCAAAAGAUGAUGCUGAGGAACAUAAAACUGAUGAGGACAUUAAAGUGAAACAAGAAGAGGACGUUCAGGCCACCAGGAGGCCAGAAUCUGACAGAGGACAACCUAAGAAGGAACUUGAUUUAACAGAAAAGAGUGAGGUGGUGAAACCUGAAAGAGAAGCAGAUGAAUUAGAACCUGCUGAAGAUGUAGAAUAUGAAGGCAGCAUCAUAACUGAACAGCCUGCUGUAGAGAUCACGAGUGAGGUCUCCAGAACCACUGAAGGUUCAACCAAACCCCCUGCAGAGAUGAUUAAGAUUAAACCACUGGAAAUUUAUGUUACAGAAACCUACCUUGUUGAGGAUAUUGACUAUUACCAACCAAAAGAAGGUGCUAAUUUGCCUUUUGUGCCAGUUGACAGUGUUCAACCAGGCACAGACAUUGGUAAACCUGAAUAUGUGGAAGAAUUUGGGGUGGAGGAUCAACUCUCUAAACCUGAAGUUAUUGAAGAAGUUUUUGAGAUACCAGAUCUGGUUCCAGAGGAAAAAACCCUAAGACCAGAAGUGUCUGAUGCUUUCACUACUGUAUCAAGUGCCUCAGAAUCUCUACCUGAAAUGAUCACAGAUUCAGCUUCAAUGAAAGAUACGGAUUUACCAUCUAUUGUUGGGGAUACUAAAGAGCAACAUCUCGACAAGAUGAAGGAAGACACUCUGACAGAAGAUGUCUUUGUAGAAAAAGAAGACAUUGCCUCACAACCCACAGAGACACUUGCAACUGAUCUACCUUUCACAACUUCACCUGCAGACCUUAACAUUUUUGACAUAGUACAAACAGAUGUAUCGGUCGUGACGCCAACACCUUUGGAAAAGGAUUAUGAUUCACCAACUGAAAAAGUACAAUCAACUGUUGCCCAGGAGUUACCAUCUGAUGUUGGAGAUACUAAAGAGCCAAAGGUUACAGAGAUGGACCUUUUUGAAGUAGUGCAAACAGACGUAUUACACCAGACCGUUACACCUUCAGAAAAGGAUUAUGACUCACCAACUGAAAAAGUACAACCAACUGUUGCUCAGGAUGUUAUAUUCGAGUCAGAAAAUGACCAAGUACUGGAUGUGGAAACGGAAGACCCAUUUAUUCAUUUAAAAGAGUUAGACCAAAUAGAUGUAGUAAGUACAGAGACAAUCGAUCUCUUGAGUUAUGACAAUGGAUAUUCUUUCCCAAAUGAAAGAUAUCCCUUGGAGACAACAAGAGCGCCAUCACUGAAGUAUUUCACAACUCCUUCAAUGACCACAGCUAACAAAGGCAAAGAACUAGUUGUGUUUUUCAGUAUGCGAGUCACAAACAUGCUGUUCUCUGAAGAUCUUUUCAAUAAGAGCUCUUCAGAAUACCGAUCGCUGGAAAACAAAUUUGUUGAAUUGCUACUCCCAUAUCUCCAGUCUAACCUAACAGGCUUUAAGAAAUUAGAAAUCCUAAACUUCCGAAACGGAAGCGUGGUGGUCAAUAGCAAGGCAAAAUUUGCCAAGUCUGUGCCAUACAACAUUACUCAGGCUGUCCAGCACGUUUUGGAGGAGUUUUGUAAUGCUGCGGCCCAGCGUUUGGACAUAAAGGUUGACAGCCAUUCACUAGACAUAGAACCAGCUGAUCAAGGUGACCCUUGCAAGUUUCUUGCCUGCAACGAGUUUUCCAACUGCGUGGUGAACCUCUGGACGAAGGAAGCACAGUGUUUAUGUGACCCAGGCUACGUGACGGUGGAUGGACUGCCAUGUCAGAGCCUUUGUGUGGUCCAGCCAGACUUCUGUCUCAAUGGAGGAGAGUGUGAGAUUGUACCAGGGCAUGGUGCCGCUUGCAGAUGUCCUGUAGGUAAAUUCUGGCAAUUUAUCGGAGAGAGAUGUGCAGAGCUGGUCUCCGUGACACUAGACCCCUUUCUUUCCCUAGUGUGCCUCGUGGGCGCGCUCACCUUUCUUUAUGCCAUCAUUUCUCUCUUGUUAACAAUGUGCAGGAAAUGUGUACGGACCAGAAAGACACUAACUCUAGUAGGCAGAGACCAGACCACCAUACCAGGCUUGACGAGUUAA